AUGGGGAAACAACCUUAAAAAUAAUCAAAUGGAUAAUAAAAGAAACCUUCUACUAAUAAAUAAAGAGGAAGACCUCCUAAAUAUAAAUCACCUCAACCUUCAAUCGACCAAAAACAAUAAAACAAUAAUUAAAAAUAAUACUGGUUUACAGAUAAUGAAACAAGAGAAAUCGUUCGAAUACUAGCAAGCAAAUGUCAAAUUUUAUUUAAGUGUCUCAGCGGGUAAUCUGCAAAUAAACUAAAGAAUUCUUUCUGGCCUGAAAACUAAUAAGAAGUUACUUUUAAUAACUUCAAACUUAAACGAUAAACAUUUAUAGAAGAGGCUACUGAGCUCUAAACUAAAUUAUUAAAAAAACUUGAAAACCAUUUAUCAAUAAAAUUGAUUGGGGAUAAGCAGCAGAUGAAUUAUUUUAUUUUCGGAGACAAUACUUCUGAUGAAGCUACUUUUGAUUAAGAAAACUCAAACUCGAAAAUGAUGUUGUUAAAUCCCAUCAUACAUCAAGAUUUCUAGAGAACAUUGAAGAACCUCCUAGAAUUAACAGAUUAAUCAAAGUGUUCUAGCCAAGACAUAUCUGUUGAAGAUGAUUUACAUGAUAUUAAAAGACAAAAACAUUUUGAUUUACAUGAGAAUUUUAGUCAAGACUUCUCUGGUGAAGAUAAUCUAAACUUUAACAAUAAACAUAAGCAGUUAGAUCAACCUGAGAGUACUAUUCAAGACUUAUCUGCUGAAGAUGACUUAUAUGACAUUAAUAAGCAUAAGCAUUUCGUAAGUUGGGCAUUCGUACUUGCUUGGGGAUAAGAGUUUAGAGAACAUUUAACCAAAUUAUAGAAUGAAAGUUAAACUAAUAUGCCUGAAGACGAAUCACCUUCGAAUAAAUAAGGCAGACCAGAAAAUUUGAUUCAAAAAUCAAAUGAAAUAAUGUCAAGAAAAAAAGAAGAACUUAGUUGUCAUAGUAUUGAUCAAUUGAUUGAAAACUAUCAAGAUAAAUACAAAAAAGAAAUAGAUGAUUUAAAAAAUUUAUUAAAAGAAAGAUUCACAAGUUUAAAGUAAUGA